CCAGGGGCUGCUGAUUCAGGGAGGGCAGGGGCAGAGCAGCCUGACCUCAGCAUCUGGGAGUGCAGCCUCUGCCCAUUGGCCCAGCGGGUGAUGAGCUGUGGGACAGCUUGUAUAAAAGCUGGGUCUGCACUGAGCUCUCCCAAGCACUGCUCUGGCCUCCUCCUCCUUGGGAACAGGAGCUCCAUCCCAUCAGCCCAAGAUGUCUUGCUACGACCUGUGCCCACCCAAAACCAGCGUGGCCGUGCCCCAGCCCAUCGCUGAGAGCUGCAACGAGCUGUGCGCGCGCCAGUGCCCCGACUCGACGGCCUAUCAGCCACCGCCCGUCGUCGUCACCUUCCCCGGCCCCAUCCUCAGCUCCUUCCCCCAGCAAGCCUGUGGUGGGCUCUCCGGAGCACCCGCCUUUGGGGGCUCCCUGGGGCUGGGGGGCCUCUACGGCGCCGGGGCCACUCAGGGCUCGGGGGGCCUCUGCACCUUUGACAGACCCUACACUUCAGCCUGCAGCCCCUGCCCCUUGCCCCGCUACAGCAGGAAGCUCUGGGACACCUGCGGGCCCUGCUAAACCCAAGCCCUGUCCACAGCCAGCAUCACCAGCAUCA